CCACCGUGCUAUUUACUUCCUAAAAUCCCCCCCGAUUUUCUCAUUCGCUCCCGGUUAAACCCUUUCUUCCCCUCCAAGCUCAGUCAUGGAGAUCGAUUUCAGAGACUACGGGUUGCGAUGCGAACUUCGGGGCCACGAAGACGACGUUCGUGGAAUAUGCAUAUGUGGUAAUGAGGGUAUAGCAACAUCAUCAAGGGACAGAACUGUAAGGUUUUGGACUCUAGAUCCAUGUGAUAAGCGGAAAUAUGUUCCAUCAAAAAUCAUGUUGGGCCAUUCAAGUUUUGUGGGGCCAUUGGCUUGGAUUCCACCAAAUGAAGAAUAUCCAGAAGGCAGAAUUGUUUCUGGUGGAAUGGACACUUUGGCUCUGGUUUGGGACUUACGGAAUGGAGAGAAGGUGCAGACAUUGAAGGGGCAUCAGUCACAAGUCACUGGUCUUGCACAAGAUAAUGGAGAUAUUUUGUCAUCUUCUGUUGAUUGUACUUUAAGACGGUGGAGGAAUGGUAAACUAAUUGAGUUUUGGGAGGCACAUAAGUCAGCAAUCCAAGCUGUAAUUAAGCUGCCUUCUGGAGAGCUUGUUUCUGGUUCAAGUGACAUGACUCUGAAACUCUGGAAAGGAAGUAAAUGCAUUCGCACUUUUAUGGGUCAUACAGACACGGUUCGUGGGUUGGUGGCAAUGCCUGGUUUAGGAAUCCUUUCUUCAUCACAUGAUGGUUCCAUAAGGUUAUGGGCGCUAAGUGGUGAAGUAUUAAUGGAGAUGGUUGGUCAUUCUUCCAUUGUCUAUUCGGUUGAUUCCCAUGUGUCUGGCCUAAUAGUCAGUGGUAGUGAAGAUUGCUCUGCAAAGAUAUGGAAAGAUGGAGAAUGUGUUCAGAGCAUAGAGCAUCCUGGUUGUGUCUGGGACGCCAAAUUUUUGGAAAAUGGGGAUAUUGUGACUGCAUGUUCAGAUGGAGUUGUUCGUAUCUGGACAGUUGAACAUGAUAGAAUUGCUGGACUAGCAGAACUUGAUGCAUAUGCUUCCCAACUUUCUCAAUAUAAGUUGAGCAGGAAAAGAGUUGGUGGAUUGAAUUUGGAGGAUCUCCCAGGACUUGAGGCUUUACAGGUUCCAGGGACCAGUGAUGGCCAGACGAAGGUUGUGAGAGAAGGGGACAAUGGUGUUGCAUAUUCAUGGAAUUUGAAAGAGCAGAGAUGGGAUAAAAUUGGUGAGGUUGUAGAUGGACCAGGUGAUAGCAUGAACCGUCCCAUCCUUAAUGGGAUCCAUUAUGAUUAUGUUUUUGAUGUUGAUAUUGGGGAUGGGGAACCUAUUCGUAAGUUGCCAUACAACCGGUCAGAUAACCCAUAUGACACUGCUGACAAGUGGCUUCUCAAAGAGAAUCUUCCUCUUUCUUAUAGACAACAAAUAGUGGAAUUUAUACUCCAGAAUUCUGGCCAAAAGGACUUCAAUUUUGAUCCAUCAUUUCGUGAUCCCUACACUGGUGCAAAUGCAUAUGUACCUGGACAACCAUCAUACUUGUCUGCUGUUUCAUCUAAACCUUCUUACAAGCACAUUCCAAAGAAAGGAAUGCUUGUCUUUGAUGUUGCUCAGUUUGAUGGGAUCCUCAAAAAGAUUGCAGAAUUUAACAAUUCUUUAAAUUCUGACAUGGGAAAGAAGAAUCUAUCUUUGACGGAGCUUGAGAUGUCCAGAGUGAGUGCUGUAGUUCAAAUACUGAAGGACACAUCACAUUAUCAUUGUACUAGUUUUGCAGAUGUUGAUAUUGCUUUGCUGCUGAAGCUACUAAACACAUGGCCACACACAACGAUAUUUCCAGCUAUUGAUAUUCUGAGGAUGAUCAUCCUGCAUCCUGAUGGGGCAAGACUUCUUCUCAAGCAUGUGGAAAAUGAAAAUGAUGUUCUAAUAGAAAUGAUUAAGAAAGUCACUGCAAAUCCUGCACUUCCUGCAAAUGUUUUAACCAGUGUUCGUGCUGUGACUAAUCUAUUCAAGAAUUCAUCCUACCACAACUGGCUGCAAAAGCAUUGCAGCGAGAUUCUUGAUGCAUUCUCAAGUUGUUAUUCAUCUCCAAAUAAGCAUAUGCAACUGUCUUAUUCCACCUUGAUACUCAAUUAUGCUGUGCUGUUAAUUGAGAAAAAGGAUCAAGAAGGUCAAUCUCAGGUUCUUUCUGCAGCUCUUGAGAUUGCAGAAGAGGAAGGUUUAGAAUUUGAUUCAAAAUUCCGUGCUUUAGUUGCCAUUGGAUCAUUGAUGCUCGAGGGUCUUGUGAAGAAGAUAGCAUUGGAUUUUGACAUUGAGAAUAUUGCCAAAGCAGCAAAAGCAUCUAAAGAGUCCAAGGUUGCUGAAGUUGGAGCCGACAUCGAGCAACUAAUACGACACAAUUGAAUGUAGGAAUCACAAUGGUAACUGUUGUUUUCUUAGCUAAGAAUUCGUAGAAAUUGCACUUAAAAAUCGAAGUGCACAUAUUGUUACUGUGCUGGUGGAUAAGUUUUUUUAUGCGAAGCUUCCAACUGUGAUGAUGGAUUUUAGGUUUUGUGAUUUUAGGUCCAUGCAAUUUUUACUAUGCCCCUUGCACAGACUUCUUUAUAAUGUAGGGGGUGUUUGAUUUUCUCUUAUCUUUGCAGUGACAAAUGUAAAUGAAACAUUUAACGGUAUAUUUACACUUCUCUGCUAAA